CGUGCCUGGGACCAUCCUGCUCGGGCCCUUCCAGGGGAAGGAGCUUCCUGCCCGGGGACAGCGGCGACAACACCCAGCAGGCGGCGAUGGGCGAGUGCACGGACCUGGAAUGGGCCGUGCAGGUGCUGGUGAACAACUUCGACAAAUACUCGAGCCGCUGCUGCUGCUGCAAGAACCCGCGGCGCAUCAGCAAGAAGGAUUUUCGGAAGAUGCUGAGCCGCGAGCUCAACCACAUGCUGACGGACACCGGGAACCGCCGCGCCGCCGACAAGCUCAUCUGCGACCUGGAUGAGAACAAGGACGGGCGCAUCAGCUUCCAGGAGUACUGGACCUUGAUAGGCGGCAUCGCCAGCCCCAUCGCGCAGAUCAUCCGCCAGCAGGAGCAGAGCGUCAAACACACCAAGUAGCGCCCGCCGGACCCUCCAGGAUCGCCCCCCGCCCCUGCUCCGCUCCUCCGCCAUCCCCCUCCCCGCUUUGCGACCUGCCCGAGCCUCCGGGACCCCCAGGGCUCCGCCGAGCGGGGUGGGGACGGGCUGUGGGUGGGAUUUGGGUUUCGAGGCCUCCUUGCCCUUGCUCCUCCUCCUGUUCCACGAGGGAGAGGCUCCCACGCUUCCUGCGCCACGGGAAUUCCGCCCGUCCUCGGCUCUCCGCGGCAGGAAUCCAUCAUCGCCAGCAGCGCGCCCUCUCCCCUUGGGGCUCUUUUUUUUCUUUUUUUGGGGGGGUCUCUUUGGGUAAAAAGGCGCUUUUCCUCCCCCCGCCCGGAGCUCGGGGCGCGGCGCGGUCCCGGCCGGGUGACACCACCGCGGUUAUUUAUUGCAGCAA